AUGAAGUACGUACGCCUCGGAACCAGCGGACUCAAAGUCUCCCCCAUCUGUGUGGGCUGCAUGAGCUUCGGCACCCCGGGAAAGCCCUUGGAAUGGACGAUCCCGGAAGAAGAAGCCCUCCCCGUGCUUGACCACUGCUACCGGUCGGGCCUCAACUUCUACGACACGGCCAAUGUCUACUCCAACGGCGAGUCGGAGGUCAUUCUCGGAAAGGCGAUCAAACAGUACAACUGGAGCCGCGAGAGCAUCGUCAUCGCCACCAAGGUGUGGGCGCCUGUCGGACGGGACUCAGUGAGAGCACUCGGCAUGUCCCACGAGGAGCGGGAUAACAACGGAUACCUGAACCAGUAUGGACUAAGUCGCAAACAUAUCUUCGACAGCAUCGAUGCAAGUUUGAAGAGGCUCGAUCUGCCGUACGUCGACCUGUUGCAGAUCCAUCGCUUUGACCCCAACACGUCGCCCAAGGAGACGAUGGAGGCGCUCCACGAUGUCGUCAAGUCCGGCAAAGUCCGGUAUAUUGGUGCUUCGUCGAUGUUCGCGCACCAGCUGCUGGAGUAUCAGUACACGGCCCGUAUGAAUGGGUGGACGGAGUUUAUCACCAUGCAGAAUUUGUAUAAUGCUAGCUAUCGCGAGGAAGAGCGAGAGAUGUUCCCGGCUCUAGAAAAGUUCGGCAUGGGCUGUAUUCCCUGGAGCCCUAUUGCUAUGGGGCUUUUGGCAAGGCCGUGGAAGAGCAGCAGCACUGCUCGUGGGGAGUCGAUGAAAGGGGGGUUCUUCGGUAACGCUCUCAGUGACGCGGAUAAGAGGAUUAAUGAGAAGAUUGAGGAGAUUGCGGCUAAUCGUGGGGUUUCAAUGGCUACGGUUGCGCUUGCUUGGGUGUUGUCGAAGCCCUUCAUUACCUCGCCGAUCGUUGGAAUGAGCAAAAAGGAGCGAGUAGACGAGGCUAUUCAGUCUAUUGAUUUCAAGCUCAGCGAAGAGGAGAUCAAGAGUAUUGAUGACUUGUACGAACCGAGGAAGAUUAUGGGGCACAGCUGAAUGGGCCAACAUACUUAUCUCAAGCUCGCCCAAGGUCCGUCGACAUCAGCCAACGGGUGCUCGCUCGAGAUGUUCGGGUACUUGCUAAGGAAACGGGGAAGGGACC